AUGCCAUUCUCAAAGAUCUUUUCCGGUGAUUUACCAGAACUAACAUUUUAUGUUAUAAAAUAUUUACGAAAUGAUUUAAAAUCACUUUAUUCAUGUAUUUUGGUCAAUCGAUUUUUAUGUCGAAUGACUAUUCCAAUACUCUGGGAGAAACCAUUUGCAUUGAAAUGUCUAAAUGGAAAGCGUUUCGAUUUCCUUGAAGUUUACUUUUCAUUUUUUAGUGAAUUAGAUAGAAAUCAGUUAAUAAAAUUUGGGGUUAAAUUCAAACGUAUUUCAACCCCUUUAUUUAUUUAUCCCUCCUUUAUUAAAUCACUUGAUACAUAUCGAAUGGAAUUGCAUGCAAUUAAUUGGGCAAAUAACCUUGAUGCCGAUAUUACAUCAUCUCCUUCCACAAUCAAAGUUGAACCGGAUGAUAUCACUUUUCUUGAUAUUGGAAAGGAAGUGGAAAUCGGAUAUAAUGAUAUAAGGUUAAAGAAAUUUGUUGAUAUGAUUUGUAGCUUAUUAUUGAAAUCUUUUAUGAUCAAUAACGCUUCCUUAAAAGAUUUUAAUCUGAAAAUCACUACUUCUCAUGGUCUUUUUUUACCUAAAUUCUUUCAAUUGAUUUUUAAUAAUACAACAUUUGUGUCAAAUGUCGAAAAGUUUAGCAUUGGUUUCAUUGCGAACCCUAAUGUUUCAAAAUUUUCUCAACUCGAAUCACUUUUAACAUCUUUACCAUCUUCAUUACCUUUUGUUAAACAUUUUCAUAUUUCUUACCUUUCUAGAAGCAAAGUUUUGAAGAAUGAAACGAAAUCAAGAACACAUAUUUUAUCAUUAAAAAUUUCAUUAGACGCCUUUAAUUUUUACAAUAAUCAUUUAACCUCCAUUGAGUUUAAUC